AUGACUCAAACAGAAAUAAAUGAAUCUGUAACUUUACCAAACGAAAAUCCCCAAAAUAUCACUUCCCUCUCACCGCAAAACACAACCACACAUGAUUCAGAAGAUACAAGGUCGAUCAGAUCAACAUCAAGUCAACCACCAACCUAUUCCACAGAAGAAGAGAUAAUAUCACCACCAACAAUUCCGUUUUCUGCACAC